CUAUACGCAUGUGGGUAUCUUCAGAGAAAGAGAGAGGUCGAGCAUGGGCAUUGGUAUCAUUAUUGUUUAUCUAUGUGUUCAGACUUUUGUUGAAAGCCUUGGGAUCGAAGGCAAAGGCUGAGAUUUGUAAUCAUGAUGUUUUUGAAACAACCAUAUAUAAUUAUGUGCCUGUAAUUGCAGCUUAUCUAUAUAUCUCCUCAACCCAUCCCAAGUAUAAAUUGAGAGAGGGGAAUUAAGAAAGAGACAUAAUUUAUUUCAGUUUGUUUACGUAUAAUAUAAUAUAUAUAUAUCAGUGAAAAUGUGUAAAAAGUUUCACUGAAAAGAGAAAAUAAUACCAAGAUAAAAGUGAAUCUUUUUGUGUUCUUUCUGAGAUUAUAUAUACAUAUAUAUGUGUGUGUUCCUCUCUCUUGCUUGCUUUUUUCAAGGGUUGCUUUAGAAGAGAGCUUGAAAGAGUAAAGAGUGCAGCAGAAACCUUGAAAAAGUAUGGCUAAAAGUAGGAGAGAGGUAUAUCCAUGUCCAUGUAUGUCUUAAUCUUUACUGUAUUGAUGUAUGGUAUGUGGGUGUCACCUGAAACCCUGUUUCGUUGAAGUUAGGGAUAGAUUCUUUGGUAAUUUUUUGCUUUUUUGAUCCCUCUCAUUUAAAAAAACAAAGAAAGAAAGAAGAUCUCCCUUCUUUUUUUUCCAGUUUAGUUUUAGAAAGUUGAUUAAAAAGGCGUAUAGAACAGCAUCAGCUGCAGUGUAUCACACAGUCGUCUAUCAUUCAUAUAAUUAUGGAAUCUACAAAUUUUCAUCACCAACAACAACAAGAACACCACCAGCCUCUUGUGGACUCUUCUUGUUAUGGACUUGCUUGGUAUCAAAACCCCAUCCUCAAUGGUACUAGAAUCAGUACAAACUCAAGAGAUGUGAAGCAACACAUAAAUCAUAGCAUAGAUCUCGUUCCUCCUCCCACUGUGCAAGACUUAGGAUUACCCUUGAGUACGAUGGAAAGUUUCAUGGCUCAUGAACUGCAACAUCUUGCAAGAAUCAAGGAGGAAGUCUCACUCUCGAGAUCUUAUCCAGGACUCUCAGAAAUGAUCAUAAGCAGCAGCCCAACAUCCAGCAUCGAAGAUUUACACUUACACCCAUCCCCAACCUACAUGUCAAAGAAUGAUCAUCAACGGAUUCGAUACGACAAUGAUAACAAUCAAGAGAUAUUUCUCAAAACUUUUUCAAAUGGGUGCCAAAUAAAAAGCGAUCAUCAGCAUAUGAAUCAAAUACCCUUUUCGGAGGAAUCGGUGUCAUAUUCUGAUGAUACGAAUAGUUGUUAUAGAGGGACCUUUAGCCAGAUUCUUCCAACUAUAAAUAUUUCGAGUUUGAAUCAAUCGUCAUCAACACCACCAUUGGCAAUUUCCUCAAGCUCUUUUGAUAUCAACUUGCCUGCUUUAGAUCCUUUUCGCUCUCCAACGUUUGAUGGGAGUUUUCGCUAUCAACCUUCUUCCCUAAAUAUUCAUAAUCUUGGAGGCCUUUUAAAAGACAAUUGUUUGUCUUAUGGUCUUGACCAAAUGCAUCAGCCAAAUCACAGCCAAGCCGUUUGUCAUAGCAAGGUAUCACCACCCUUCAUCAUCGAAACUACAGAAGCGAAAAGGUCAGCCAGCAAUUAUAUGGAUGCAAAGGCCAUUAAAGCAACUCCACCCAAGAAAUCAAAACUGGAGUUGCGCCCUUCUUGCGCACCCUUGAAGGUUAGAAAGGAGAAAUUAGGCGAUAGAAUAUCUGCUCUUCAGCAAAUGGUAGCACCUUUCGGCAAGACAGAUACUGCAUCAGUGCUAAUGGAAGCCAUUGGAUAUAUCAAGUUUCUGCAGAAUCAAGUUGAGACGUUAAGCGUGCCAUACAUGAACUCAACACAAAAGGCCACUAGAACAUCGACACGAGGGGGUUCAAUAAAAAAUGGAAAUGAAGAGAUGAAGAGGGAUCUUAGAAGUCGAGGGUUGUGCCUAGUGCCAUUAUCGUGUUUGUCAUAUGUCACAUACGGAGGUGGAAACAUUUGGGCAACCCCUUAGCUAAUAAGUUUGAUGGGAUUAUUAGCUCAUUAUUGACUUGAGUCCUAAGUGACAAGAACAUAUUGAGCAUGGGAAAUUAUAUAUGUGGCUUUAGAUCGAUUGUUUAAUUUAUCUCUACUUUUUGUUAAUAAAACGGAGCAGACUUUGUAGUCUUGUAGAAGAUAUAAACGAGGAUGCACCAUGUUUGAUCCA